AUAGAAACGUUUGCAUUUAUUUAUGUCAAUAUUUUGACCCAUAACCAUGUAUUUUCGGUUCGGAGAAAAAUCGAAUAUAAAACAGUAAAUAUUAGAUUACUUGGGUCACAAGUCGUGCAAAUAUAGUCUUCGAACAAAAUGUCAAAAGCAACAACAAUUAAAGAAGCAAUCAAACGUUGGGAAGAUCAAACUAAACAAAAUUCUAACGAUGCUAAAGAGAUUGGCUUACAAUUUCAAUGGCCACCAAUUGAAAAAAUGGAUACAACACUGUCAACGCUUGUUAAAUGCGAAAAAUUAAGUUUGUCAACAAAUAUGAUAGAAAAAAUUACCGGAAUAAAUGGAAUGAAAAAUUUACGUAUUUUAUCGCUCGGUCGAAAUUAUAUCAAGUCAUUUACCGGUUUGGAAGGAGUAGCGGAUACGCUGGAAGAGCUGUGGAUCAGUUACAAUUUAAUUGAAAAACUAAAAGGAAUCAAUGUCUUGAGAAAAUUGCGGGUUCUGUACAUCAGUAAUAAUUUGAUCAAAGACUGGAUGGAAUUCACUCGAUUGCAAGAGGUGCCUUGUUUGGAGAAUUUACUAUUCACUGGCAAUCCAUUGCAUGAAAGUUUUACGGAUGAAGCCACUUACCGAGCUGAAUGUAUCAAACGACUGCCAUCACUGAAAAAAUUGGAUGGUGAAUUGGUUGUUAGUGAUGUUGACGCACAAUUUGCACAGGCACAAGCACAGCAAUCGGCAAAUCCAACGGAAUGAUUUGAU